AUGGACGUUAUCUAUGUUAUCUUCGUUUUUAUAAGAUUGACUUGCGGGACAUCACCGACUUAUAGAAUUGUCUCUGCUACUUCAUGGAUUACAGAUCCGAUUUCGUUAUAUCCAGAUUUUUCAGCGAGUUUAACACCUCUCACUUUCCAACCAUCAAUCUUUCAAUAUUCUUUUCAUGACGCAUCUACCGUGUUCACAUGUGUAGCACGUAAUUGUAGUCGAGUGACAAUGACACCAAUGCCGGGUCUAAGUGUCGCACAACUAGCGUACGGAGGUGUUUCACCACGCCGCAUUCAUCAGCAAUCACCUGCGAUUGCCGGUGCUCGAUUUUUCUUGUCAAUUGGUUAUGCAAAACCAAAUCGCGACGUAGAGUUUAUUGUCUGUGCAGCUGAAGAUCCUACUUGUGCAAAACCUCGAGUGAUGAACACAGUUGAUAGUCGAGGAUUCGGUCAAGGUGGCCUUCGUUUGACAUUCGCUACAGCACAUGGAUUGCCAAGUAUGUUAAUACCAGAAGCUAGAUAUGCCUCACGUGAUAACCGAGUAACCGGAUAUCAUAUUGAAACUUGUCAAGAUCCAUUAUGUGCAUUACCACGAUCCGCUGCAUCGUUACCAUUUAAUUUGACGGGCACUGCUAAUUGUUUGGGAACGAGUAUUGAUGUCGCGAUCAAUCGACACGGUUUUCCAUCGUGGCUGACUUUGUGUGAUGAAGAACUGAACUUGAUCCAUUGUUUAACUUUGCAAUGCAAUGAAACACUCGUCAAUCAGUUUAAAGUUAAUCGUGAUUUUGUUUAUUUUGUUUACUUAGCUGUGGAUUCACAUUUUCGAUUUACAAUUGUUACUACCGGACAAACAGCGCAAUCUGAUAUCACUUAUAUUCGUUGUGUCGAUCCGGAUUGUACUGAAUCGAUUCAAUCACAACUAACCAUUUCAAAUCGACCGUCACCCACUCGCACGCCUAUUGGACGAGUUCAAGUUGUUAUCAAUCCGCUUACAGAUUUGCCAAUAUUUCAUUUAACAGGUUCCAUCUAUCCGACCGACGUUCCUGUAUAUAUGUUCGUCAUAUGUCCGGAUAUCGAAUGCAAUAUGUCAGAAGCAGUCUAUGUUGAUUAUGGAGUAAAGUUCGGUUUGAAUCGAGUUCAAGUAAAUGAUCUAUUUGUUGAUGAUGAGGGAACGGUGAUUGCUAGUGUUCGAACGACAUACAAAGCAACUAAUGAUACAAUUAAUGUUAUUGUGCGAAUGGCGCUGUCAAGCGAAGCAGAAGUUGAAAAAUUGACAUUUGUUGAACCUGUUGUAAUCUGA